AUGACCCCGUCGAGCGUCCAUUCUACCUUGGUUGCACCCGGCCUCUCGCAGACGAUAUUGCCGCCAAAUCCCCCACUUAAAGUCACCUCCGACGUCCGCGCCGGCCUUUGCAGGAAAAGUAUUUCAUCACGUCCUCGUCUUCUUGCUCCAAGACCGACCCUGGAUACGACUACAAGACCCUGUCUGCCCACAGUCUCGGCACCUGGCGAUCAAGUUGUUCCAAAUGCAAUUACCGUUGCCAUAGAUCCGUUGGUUCAGAAUGGGGUGUCUCCAGCCCCACAGUCCCAGUCUAUGCCGAGGGCUUCGACCGAUGGUUUCCCGGGACCGGAUUCCUACAGCCACCGAUCAAUUCCCCACCUACCUGGCUCGCUUCAAUCCGCCGCCCCAACAAAGAGGUCGGGCCCGUCUCAAACGCUUCCGCAACCUAAACGGCGCAUGCUGGACACCGAUGCUGACUCUACCUACAUCAUCGAUAAAGCUCUAAAGUUGCUGCGUGAUGAUCUUGAGUCGAGAAGUUCAGCCUCUACGACUUUUCCACCGGUGCUGACUGAAGCUCAAAUAAGAGCUUCCAUUGCCCAAUAUCAAAAUCAUAUUGAAGAUUCAUCAAAGCAAGGCGUCUGCUCAUCCUGCGGGAGGUUUGUGCCGAUUCCGGAGAUUGUAGAAAUGGAGGACAGUGACCCUUUGCUCCUGCCACUAGCUACCCACCUUGACUAUUGCGGCAAACAUGGCGACGAGUGGGAUAUAUGUUUGACCUGCCUCAAGUCUCUAUCUCAAAAUUCUGUGCCGAGACUUUCUGCUUUGAACCGUGUGAAUGUGACAAUGUGUCAAAACUAUCCGUCGGCGCUUGAAGGCCUCACCCCGGUCGAGGAGUGUCUUAUUGCUAGGUGUCAUCCCCUCGGGAUAAUUUUGAAGUUGCGCCCUGGGGGCCACACGUCGCCGGUGUCCUAUCGUGCUCUGCGCGGCCACUUCAUUGUCAUUCCGCAGGACCCGGAGCCACUGCUUGAAAUUCUUCCGAGCCCAGCAGUAAUGUUGCAUGAUGUGAUUAGGGUGUUUUGGCUAGGAAAGCAGCCCGCCACCUAUGCGGACUUAUCUCCAUUUUUGCUGGUACGUAGACAAAGGGUUCUUACGGCUCUUCAAUAUCUGACACGUCAUAACCAUGUUUAUCACGACGUUGCUAUCAACCGUCAAAUGAUCGACACGUGGGAUGACGACUUCAUUCCAGCCGAUCUUGAAGAAAAUAUCAUUUCUGUGGAUCUGUCCGAUGGGCUGGAACGAGAGGGCUACGCGGUCCAUUUGGAUGCGGGUAACCACGAAAAUGAUUUCCAGGCUGCACAAGAUGCUGGCCGGGAGACUGGUAUCAAUGCACCCCUGAUGACUGGCUCUGUUUGCACCGAUAUUAACGGUGAACGUCAGAGUCCCGACAAGCGCCUUUUGAAAGCCUUGUUGGACAUGGUUUCGAACCCUCUCGCCUCAUCCAUCCAAAAUACAGUUACACGUGGCCAGCAGCAAAUCCCUAGCCUUUCUUACAGGAUUCGGGGCCAGGCAACCCUUGCUGACCAUUGGCAUGACCCUGCGUAUUUUACUGGCGCAUUUCCAACUUUAUUUCCCCUCGGCAUUGGCGGCCAUCUGGACGAGCGUUCAUUCGACGUCUCUUUGUCUUCCUUUGCGGAGUGGGCAUUGAAGCACCAUAGCAGGAGGUUUGCGCGCCACAGAACCUUCAUGUAUCUGAUAUAUGACGUGCUUCUGAUUCGAAAAUCUUCCCUCGCGAAUAAAUUGGUCCUUCAACGUCGGCACUGGUCAACAACCGCUGACGACAUUUCUUCUCUUACUGAGGAUCGACUUCGUAGUGCACUACAAGACCUAGAGAUCCAUCAUGAAAUCAAAGACCCAGCGAUUUCCCGUCUGCUACAUGUUAUGAAAGCAAUUGCCAUGUGGGUCCCCGGCUCUUUCGCUCAAAAAUUGAGAAUGCGGUCUGAAAUCCGAGGUCUCAUCGUCCGGUUUGGAAUGCCGGCUUUUUGGAUUACCAUCAACCCCUCCGAUUUACGGAGUCCACUUGUCAUCAUCCUGGCUGGUGUUGAGUAUUCCGACGAUAUAUUGUCAGCCUCAAAUUCCGCUAUUCGAGGUGCGACCGCCACAUCCAACCCAGUGGCGGUUGCCUCAUUUUUCCAUAGUGUUUGUACCGCUGUUUUGGACGGGUUGUUCGCUAGCGGACGCGAUCGCAUUGGGAUCCUUGGGGAUGUUUCAAAUCAUUAUGGCGUGGUUGAGACCAAUGGCAGAGGAAUGCUGCAUUUACACGCAAUGGUCUGGCUCAAAGGCAACCUCUCAUUUGCCAAUCUGCGAAGCCGCGUUCUCGCCGACGCUGGAUUUGCUACGCGUGUGCUCCACUACCUCGAAAGUGUCAUCGUCCAGAGCGUUGAUGAGAGUACCCUCGUUGAUCCGGAAGUCAAUCUGGCGCCGAUAAGCCCUUCUGCUUCCGACCCAGAAUCGGAUCAUGAUUUCCACAUCAGGCUAGCCGGUGAUAGCAACCUCGUUGCUCGAUCUAAGCAAUUGCACUCCAAAAGGCACUUCGCCACCUGUUUUAAAAACCGCCCAACAGACCGGUCUAAAAACAUUUGUCGCUUUGGUAUGCCCCGUGAAAUCGUGCCCUCGUCGAAGAUCGACGAUCUUGGGGUGAUUCACCUGGCUCGGAAUCAUCCUUGGAUAAAUCCAUGGAAUCCCGCCAUUGCCAGCUGUCUCCGUUCAAAUCACGAUAUCUCCUGGAUCCCCACCGUCUCAAAAUCGCUGGCCCUAGUCUACUACAUCACCAACUACGCCACGAAAGACGACGUUUCUCCAUGGCAGUUGAUAGCGAAGGGAGCACUCUUGAAGCAAGCUAUUGAAAAGGCAAAGGCUGCCGACCCUCCAACUGCUAAUGAUCUGCGGCUUCGGGAAAGGAACAUGGAUAAUUUCGCGCUCCGUUGCUUCAAUAGUCUGGCGCACGACCGGGAAGUGAGCGGUGUUCAGGUCGCCAGCACUUUACUCCAUCUCCCUAACUACUACACUGUCGACACCAAAUUCGUCCGUGUCAAUCUGUGGUGGCUAAGGCAGUAUGUACGUGAUCUUCGACGUGGGUCCAGUACAAACAUUGAUGAUUCCGCUGGAACUGCCGACGAGCCUUGUACAUUCCAGACUGGGGAGACAGCUCCAGUGAGUUUGUUCGACAACUAUAAAUGGCGGGGGGUCGACCUUGCUACCUUCUCAUUCUUUGAGUACUGCAUGCUAGUCCAAAUAGGAAGGAAGCGGAGAAAUCAUCACGACCACUUUGACUUUGACCCGCGCCACCCGAGAUGUGGCGCUUGCGUCCAGCAUGUCGCCCGCUCACCGUCCCAGGUAGCCACCGUCGCAUUCAGUGGACAACUCACACAGUAUCAAAUGGCGGAAGACUCCAUCCGCGGAGGGCAUCCAAUGACCGAUGCCAUUGCGAAUGAUCUCGCGGAGAUACUUCUCGGUCUUUUUGUUCCCUGGGACAAGCUACGCGAGAGGUUUCUUUGUGGGCCCCCUGAAUCCAAUGUCUUGUCACAUAUCUGGUCGUCGGUCAAGCCCACACUGGUGCCAUAUAUCCAGGAAUUUGCCACUAAUAUCGAACUUCUUCGGAAAUCGAAAGAUGACUGCCAAAUUGACGCUAGAUUACGACACUCUUUGAACGACCGCGCUGAGCUGUACGACCGUCAUGUUGACAACAUAGAUCUGGCCGGCCAUGAGCAGAUAGACGCACCCGAUUGUGAUGAUUUCAUGGCGCCCGAAGAUGAGCGGCUCACGGCGGAGACCUUGAUCGCCGCUUACAAUACAGUAACCAAGACCUGGGGCCAGGAUUGUUUCAUCGCAGCAAAGAGAGCACCGGUCUUGGCCACUUUCUGCCGCGCACACAAUCUCACACAGAUGAAUCCACUUCCUUCCAGUACCCAUUCUCUCCGACCUGAUCAUGCUUUGGAUUUAGAAAUCGUUGCACCCACAGUCCUGCAAGACUGGGAAAAUCAACUCUCCAGCCAUAAAAAGCCUUUUCAGGACGGAGACCUUUCUAAUCCUACCCCACACCUGCCCGACUUUGAUCUAGUAGGUGGGGAUGGCAUGCUGCAGCCUAUACUGAUCAACACAAGCACGCCUGGUGAUCCACCAGUAAGGCUGGAUCUCGAAAAUCCGACACCAGAUUCUCUCCUCAAGCUCGUCGUCAAAGAUAUCCCACUAAAUACGAAGCAAUUACUUAUAGUGCGAAAGUUGUUAACUGAAAUUAUGGGGUGGGCUGAACAUCCACGGGACUCGUCACGACGCGGACAACUACUUCUGUGUGUUACGGGCGAAGGCGGCACAGGUAAGACGCAAAUACCAAAGGCUAUCGAAGCCGCCCUGUGUAUUCUUGGCCGGAAACACGAAAUUAUCCUCACAGCCCCUACGGGGGCCGCAGCAGACAAUUUAGGAGGGAACACCUAUCAUACUUCCCUUGGUAUCAAUCUUUCCUAUAAAGCUGCUGUGAGCACCCGCGUUCGAAGGUUAUGGGCACGAAAGACCAUCCUCGUGAUUGACGAAAUGAGCAUGGUGGAUCUGAAAAUGCUAAGUGUGAUCAACAACCAAUGCAAAGUCGCUCGGUCAUUGCCGAGGUCCUCUCCCGAUCUCUUUGGCGGCCUUCCGAUCGUGAUUCUUAUGGGUGAUUUCUUCCAGUUCCCUCCUGUUCGCGGUCCACCAUUAUGGAAAAGACCAAGAUAUGGAGUUGACGAUGAUGCCGCCGGCCGACUGAUUUGGCGUAGAUUCGAACACGUUAUUAUUCUCGAUGAGCAAAUGAGACAAUCCGAGGAUCCAUCGUUUCGUGGGUUCCUGACGCGCACAAGGCAAGCAGCAUUGACCGAGGACGAUGUUGCCCGCCUGAAUUCCAAAUGUAUCCCCUCACUCACAGAUCCAACAUCAGAGGAUGCCAUUGUCAUUGUCAAGUUAAACGCCAUACGGCACCAAAUCAACCGGAUCCGUAUUGAGAAUUUCGCUCGGCGGAAGUCUCAGAGAAUUUAUAUCUUUCCCGCCAUUCACACCCGGACUAAGUCAACUGGCCCCGUGAACCUUCGGCUUCAAGCCCAUGACUUGCUGCUCCAGCCAGACCACAGUGCCCAGAUUCCAUUCCCAGGUCUUCUUCUUUACACGAGAGAUAUGCCGACCGUUAUGCUCACCAACGCCUGCACCCCUCUUGGUCAGGUCAACGGUGCCACAGGCACCGCAGUGGGGGUUGUUUUGGACCCGGCUGGAAAGUUUCUGCUCGACACACCGCCUGCCUCUGUAAUAUUCAAACCGGAUCGAAUUUUGCAAACGCCUUUUGACCAUCUUCCACCUUCGACUAUGCCGAUCUUCCCAAUAGAACGUUCCAUCGCAGUGAAAGGCGUGUCCGUGAGAAGGAAGCAGAUCCCAAUCUGCCCCGCGUUCUGUCUCACCGAUUACAAAGUGCAAGGCUCGACGCUCUCUGUCGCGAUCCUAGACCUAAAAAAUGCCACAUAUCGACGAGGACAAGAUUCUCACCGGAAGUACUGCUCCCUUUACGUUCAGCUUUCUAGGCUGCGGUCUUUUCAAGGUCUCCAUUUACUCGAGAAAAUUAGUCUUGACGAUCUCCGCUUUUCGCCCGACCCCGACCUUAUCGUGGAAAUGGAAAGAUUGCGUGCUUUGGAAGCGGAGACACUUGCGGCCGUAGACGAAUGGCCUGAUGAUUUUGUACCCUCCGACUUGCAACAAGAGAUCGUGUUUUUGGGCGAAUCAGAUCACCAUGAACGAGCAGGGUAUACAGUAGAUCUACAAGAGAACAAUUACGAAAAUGACUGGCAAGCUGCCGAGGACAACCCGGAUCACCCUACUGGGCUUUCUCUUCCAGUAACUGGUUCUGUACUCACGGACAUCAAUGGAGAACGCCAGAACCCUGAUAUUCGUCUACUCAACACGGUACAUUCUCUUGUCAAUGACCAGCCACCUGAAGUCCAAGGUCAUUAUCCUUCCUCUGGUUGUGGUGAUCAUCCACAUCAAUUUUCUGGCUCUCGGGAUCCGCCUGUGAUCAGAUAUGCCAUACACGGCCAGGCCUCCCUUCUGAAUCAAUGGCAAGAUCCUCAUUAUUUCACAUCUGCUUUCCCAACGCUAUUCCCCAAUGGUGUUGGAGGCCAUCUGGACCAUCGUGUUAUACCUGUGUCAAUUGCCGCCCUUGCUGACUGGGCACUACGCCAUCAUACUCGAAGAUUUGCACGCCACCGAACGUUCAUGUACCUGCUUUACGAUGUUAUUCGGCUUCGAAAUUCAUGCUUGGGCAACACUCUACUCAUCAAACGAUCUCAAUGGACGUCUGUGGCUCAGGAUUUGGGCUCGCUCAAUGUUGAUCGCCUGCGAAAGGCGACCGAGGAACUUGCCGCGAAUCAGACCACAACCGACCCGCUAGUCCGGCGACUCCUCAAAAAUAUAACUGCUAUUGGGGUCCAAGUCCCCGGUUCCUUUUUCCAAAAACUGCAGUUGCGGGCCGAGAUUCGAGGACUUCUUGUUCGAGAAGGGAUGCCUGCAUUCUGGUUGACGAUCAACCCGUCUGACCUCCAGAAUCCACUGGUUCUUGUUCUUGCUGGGAGCUCAGUGAGCAACACUCUGCGCGAGGUUUUGAAAUUUGCGGCACAGAAGAUGGUUCACCAGUUGCUUGGAUACAGCUUCUGUUGCCAACAAGUCACUGUCCACCAUUCGCUCUGGCGCCACUCCCUCUACCGCCACUCCCUCUACCGCCACUCCCUCUACCGCCACUCCCUCUACCGCCACUCCCUCUACCGCCACUCCUUCUACUACCACUCUAUCUACCACUACUUUAUCUACCGCCACAACGAAAAUUGA